AUGACGGGUUUUCUAUGUGCACAUGUCAGUGCUGAAGGCGAUACUGUUUUGAUGAACGAAGAACUCAAACACGACGACUUCAUGGAUGGUAGCGCGUUAAAGUGUAUGAAAAUUAUUGAUAAGAAGGUUGACGUUUUUGAAGUUCUUCCUGGAAUUGGAUGGGAUAAUAUUCAGAACACAGAGUUAAGCCAAGUUCUUGCAAAUACAUAUCAUCAAUGUAAACUCUCUGAAGAUGGUCGUUAUCUUAUCCCAGACAGCGUGUUGUUACUCCCUGUAAAACAAAGCCAUGUAGAUGUGUUUGCUGAAUGGAUCGGACGUAUGCAUGAAUACAAAUCAGUGGACUGUUUUUCUGUUAAUUUUGGAUUAAGCGCCAGCGUCGGUGUUGCUGGAUUAGGUGUAAGUGGAUCUUUUUCCGCCGGGUACAAGAGCGCAAAGAGUCACAUGUCAAGGACAACAUCGAAUUCCUAUAUAUCAAGAGUUCAAGCUAGGUACAACAGAUACCGUAUAAUAUCAGAUCCUGGCGCUGACUUUCACCCAUCCUUUAAAAACAGGCUGUUAAAAAUUGCAGAGAAAUACUAUCGCAAUGAUAACCACAUGGGUGACUACGAGUGCCAGUUACUUAUUCGAGAUUUCGGAACUCACGUACUGACAAGUGUUGAUGCCGGUGCUGUUUUGUUCAAAGAAGACCAUGUUGAUACGAAAACUUCAAUUGUAGACGAUGUCAAAAAGAAACAAUGGCAGAUUGGAGCAGGUGGAUCAUUUAAUCUAAUAUUUGAUGGCGUAACCAUUGGUGGUGGAAUAGACUUUGGUAUAAGCAAAUCCAAAAUGGAAGAAACAAUAAAUGAGUACAAUAGUAAUGUAUCAUUCUCAGUUGUUAAAGCAUACGGUGGUAUUUACUUUGGUAGUAACACGACAGGUGCUGAAUGGACAAAAUCCCUCGACAACGAGCUUGUUGCUAUUGACAGAACCGGAGUUCCAGUAUACGAGCUUAUCUCCUCGUCCACAUUACCGGAACUGCCACUGGCUACACUCUUAAAAGUUGGUCAAGGUGUUAAGAAUGCCUUUAUCAGUUAUUACAAGCACAACACUUAUCGAGGAUGCAUGGACCCUACCAAUAAACAUUACGACAUUAAGGCAAAUGUUGUUGAUAAUAGUGUCUGCGGCGGAAUCAAGAAUGACAAUGAAUAUUUUGGUGGUGUUUAUCAGACAUGUGCAAUGUCUCAAUCGGAUGCUGGAAAUUUAUGUGAAAGCCGACACUAUAUCCAGAAAAAUCCAUUGACAAAAGAUUUUACUUGUCCGAAAGGAUAUGUCGCCGUUGAACUUAUAUCUGUUCCUUUCUCGUUUUCCCAGUAUUCUAUGCAUCGUAGUAAACAUUGGCCACAUACACAUCAUGGUUGGACUGAUUAUAGUUUCGGAAGGUAUACAGCGUUUUGGUGUGCAUCAGAUCACUCGAACACACCUGAACAAAAAUAUUACUUUGGAGGUGUUUAUUCAAGCAUUAGACCAAAUGCUGUCACUGGUGCAGAAUCAUGUCCCGAAGGAUUUUUUCCAUUGAACAUCGUCGAAGAUGUCUCUGUUUGUGUUUCAAGUGAAGACACAGUCACGGGUAUGAAAUUUGGUGGUUUCUUAAGUUGUUCGGCAGGAAAUCCACUUGCUCUCUGGUUGAAAUCAAACGGCACAAAACCCGGAGUCAAAACGCCAUCAUCGUUCUAUCCGAAAAGAUGCCCAACUGGAUACGCGCAACAAACUGUCUCAAUUACUUCAAACUGCGAAAUAGAUUACUGUUCAGACAAAGUUACUAAUGAAAACGGCCAAGAACUCCCUGUUUUGAAACGACCUCCAUUCAUUCACCUCCCAAAAGAACCACCAGCAAAUUAUUCAGACAUUGCAAUAGUUGUUGACGGAAAAUGGUAUAAAAAUAUGCAGGCUUUUGAGAAAAUGGCGGAAAUGCAAGAUAUGGAGAGCAAGAUUAAGGAAUACAAGAAAGCACAGGAAUCCAUGAAAAGAACAACUUCAGCAAUAGAUGAUCUGUAUAAUGAUAGUCACACCGAUUCAGACAACGCUGACACUUAUAGUGAUAUAGGUAAAUCGCUAGAUGCUUUUCCAUCAUAUGCCAUAGCAAUCAUUUCAUCCGUUGCAACCCUCGUUUGUGUUGUUAUAGCGACUGUAGCCUUCAUGAAAUGCAGAAGAAAGAAUCAAGAGCGAGAUUUAUCAACCUUAUUGGGCGAUAAUCAAGGGGAACUGGACCAAGUUAAUACUGAUCAGACGCCAAAUUAUGGCACGACACCUGUCCAACGUAUAACGACGUGA